AAGAGCUAUCGAGCAGAGAAAUUUAAGGGGUCAGAAAUAGUUUUCAUCGAUAUUGCAGUUAGCUGCAAUAAAUCGCUAGCUCUAUUUUGGUGCAAGAGGUUAUUUCGCAUGAAGUAUUUUCGUGCUGUACUUUAUCAAGAAUUGGAUCUUAACGUUCGCCAUUGAAGUUUCAUCAUGCUGAAUAACACGACUUGUCCUCCCUACCAAGGCGACCUUGAUACUUUGGGUAGUACAGUAAAAUUUACAGUAUCGUUGGUCAUUGCUGUUUUAUGUCCCGUGGCGGUGGUUGGAAAUGCGUUGAUUUUGGUGACGAUUUGGAAGAAAAGUUUUUCGAGAACAUCGUUCCAUAUUCUUCUAAGUGGAUUGGCACUGAGUGAUUUUUGUACCGGUCUGAUCGCUUAUCCAACCUAUGCUUCUUAUGGUUUGAUAUUGUCAACAAACUCGACGGUUGUGCGAGAUAUACCACAGCCAACUAAUGUCUUAGGAAAAGUCACAGUGAUCAGUGCAAUUUACUUGGUCACCAUUACGCUUCUGACAAUAACACUGAUGUCCAUUGAACGAUGGUUGCACAUGUCUGGAGGAUUCUCUUUCACAUCUCAUCGCCGAUUUUUGGUUCUUGUCGUGAUCUUAUUUCUUCCAAUUCCUUUGGUUGCUCUUUACUUUUUAAAUCCAUCCUCAUUCCCCAUAGUAAUAUCCAUAGAAAUGGUCAUCAGCUAUUGUGUUACAUCUUUCGCUUAUUUUAAGAUCUAUCGAAUUAUUAGAAGUCAUCAGAAUCAAACUCAAGCUAACAGGAUACCUGGGAACUUUGGCCAUUCUGCAAUCGACGUAACCAAAUACAAAAGAUCUGUUGCAACCAUCUUAUACAUUUUAUUGCUAUUCUCUAUUUGUUUCUUGCCUUUUAUUGUAUCUAACACGGUAAAUGUUUUGAUAAAGGCUGGUCCCAGAGAGCUGAAUAUAACUAUUGACGUGACGAUGGUGCUCGUAUUUCUGUCUUCGUCUCUCAGUCCAGGGUUGUACCUUUGGAGAAUGAGAGAUAUCCGUAAUGGCUUCAAACAACUAUUCGUUUGCAGAAGAAACUGAUUUUUUCAACAUUUUCAUGGCUUAAGGCAGGACAUUGGAUCCUAGUCAAAUUAUCUGUUGUAAACACAUCUAGUCAAAAACUAAGGUUUGGUCAAUAAAACCUCUGGUGAAUGAACUUCCAUCUAGGCUGCUUCUAAUCGCCACUCAACCAUUUUUUAGCUAUUCUCUCUCUGUUAUUUAAUUUUUAUACAAUCUGAUUCAGAAAACGUUCAGAUAAAGGUUUACCCCAAUGAAGUGAGUAUAACUACUGACGUGACAAUGGUGCUCGUGCUUCUGUCUUCGUCUCUCAGUUCAGGGUUGUACCUUAGAAGAAUGAGGGAUAUCCCGAAUGGCCUUAGACAACUGUUAGCUAGAUAAAGAGCCCGAUCUUUUCAAGACAUUAAAAGUGAUGUAUUUAUCGCCAAAACUGUCCAGAAUAACUUUUGUAAAUAUUUAUUUCUUCUCCUAUAAAAUUAAUUACGUAAACAAUGACUUUCGUGAGGGAUAUACCAUCCUAUAUUUGCAUUCAUCUUUAAGAUGCAUUAGCUAUAACGAUUAGCUAGAGAUCUGAAUUGCAAGAUAAAUUAAUAAAAAAUGAAUUUAUGGUCA